CCCCCCCCACGCGGACAGAAACCGUCACCGAAUAGAGAGCCGGGGCGCACGCGGAGCGAUGGUUGCUGCAGCGCCGCUGGGCCGAGUUUAGGACGCACGGCGCCGAGAGAGGCCAGCCUGGCGCGCGCACGAUCCUCGCAGCGCUGACGCGCAGCGCGUGGAGCUCGUCUCUGGCCGCACCGCGUCCUCUUCGGCGCGGAUCGGGGCUGAGCGGUGCGCUGCUGUGCGUUUGGAGCUUCGAACCUCCGGUCCCGACUGCCGACGUGACACCGGACCUUUCAUCUCCAUCAACCUCACGAGCCUCCAGACGCGCCCGGGAUUCUGAAUCCAGCCACGCUGCACCCAUAGGCGGGGUGGCGGCUGGUGGUGGUGGUGGUGGAGGAGGAGGGGGGGGACCAGAGAGCAUCCCUCCAUUCCAGCGGCUCUGCCUCCUCGCUGCAUCACAUGCCACAGCGGGUGGAGGUCUUCCUCUCAGCCAGACAGCCAGGAGGCGGUGGAGGCAGGCGGCUCGCGGCCGCAGACGCGCCCUGCACGCGAAGAGGCUGCGCAGAGGCGCCGCCGCGUCGGAGGAUGCUGCGGGAGUGAAGCUGCUCAGAGCGGAAGAUGGGGAAGGACCAGGAACUGCUGCAGGCGGUGAAGACCGAGGACCUGCUCACCGUGCAGAAGCUGCUGCAGAGGCCUGGGAAAGCAAAGCUCCUCGGUUCAACAAAGAAAGUCAAUGUCAACUUCCAGGAUACAGACGGGUUUUCUCCGCUGCAUCAUGCGGCUCUUAACGGGAACCUGGAGCUCAUUUCUCUGCUGCUGGAGUCUCAGGCAGCGGUGGACAUCCGAGACCAGAAAGGCAUGCGGCCGCUGCACUACGCGGCCUGGCAGGGGAAGGCGGAGCCUAUGAAGAUGCUGCUGAAGUCGGGCUCGUCCGUCAACGGCCAGUCGGACGAGGGUCAGAUCCCUUUGCACCUGUCGGCUCAGCACGGCCACUACGAUGUGUCUGAGAUGCUGCUGCAGCACCAGUCCAACCCGUGCAUCGUGGACAAUGCAGGGAAGACACCUCUGGACCUGGCAUGCGAGUUUGGCAGAGUCGGGGUGGUCCAGCUGCUGCUGUCCAGUAAUAUGUGUGCUGCUUUGCUGGAGCCCAAAAAAGGAGACACCACAGACCCGAAUGGCAUGUCGCCGCUACACCUGGCUGCAAAGAACGGACAUAUUGACAUCAUCAGACUCUUGAUACAGGCCGGCAUCGACAUCAACAGGCAGACUAAAGCGGGCACUGCCCUGCAUGAAGCUGCCCUCUGCGGGAAGACUGAGGUAGUGAGACUCCUGCUGGAGAGUGGAAUCAAUGCUACUGUGAGAAACACCUACAGCCAGACGGCACUGGACAUCGUCUACCAGUUCACUGCAACCCAAGCUAGCAGGGAGAUAAAGCAACUCCUGCGGGAAGCAUCAGCAGCUUUGCAGGUUCGGGCUCUGAAGGACUAUUGUAACAACUACGACCUGACCAGCCUCAACAUCAAAGCAGGAGACGUCAUCACGGUUCUGGAGCAGCACCCCGAUGGACGCUGGAAGGGCUGUAUCCAUGACAACCGGACAGGAAAUGAUCGAGUCGGGUACUUCCCGUCCACUCUGGUGGAGGUCAUCAGCAAGCGCACCGGUUUGGCCAGCAAAGUCAUUUGCACUCAACAGUUUCAAAAGAUACCGCUGGUUCCCCCGGCAACGGUUGCCCCUGCCAACGCGGUUGUCAACGGCAACGACACCACGUUUCAUCAGAUCCAUAUCCUGCCUCCACCGCCUCCUCCUCCACCACAUUCCCAUCAGCCACUGCUUCCACUUUUCACUUCCUUUGGCUAUAACAGGUCGCCCGUGACAACUCCACAGGGAGACACACCCACUGCCCCAGGUUGUCGAGGCUCAGAGGCAAGUCCUCACAGUUCUCCCACUCCAUCCAGCGGGCCCCAUGGAGGCUCCAAUGAAGAAAUCUGGGUUCUGCGCAAGCCCGUGGCAGGUGGAGACCGCAGCAGUGUGGGAAGCUCGGGAAGUGUGACCAGCUUGAGGUCUUCGGGCAGCGGUCAGAGUGCUGGCAGCGCUCCACACAUUCUCCACGCGCAGGCGGAAGGCGUUAAGCUUCUGGCCACGGUGUUGUCACAGUCGGCCAAAGCCAAGGAGCAUCUAAUGGAGCAGUCCAAGUCUGUGGACCAGCCUGCAGCCUCCACUCGGACAGCGAGCCAAUCGGGCUGUCCGCUACACGAAGCGCCGCCUUAUGAUGCCACGGCAACCAGGAAGGGGGAGGGCCCAGUCGAAGGGAAGAGCUCAGAGGCUGUUGUCCAAUGGCUGAGUGACUUUCAGCUGCAGGUCUACGCUCCAAACUUCCUGAAUGCUGGGUAUGACUUGCCCACCAUUAGCCGAAUGACCCCGGAGGACCUGACAGCGAUCGGGAUCACCAAACCGGGUCACAGGAAGAAGAUUACAACGGAGAUCAACAAACUUAGUGCCACAGAAUGGCUGCCUGAGCAGAAACCUAACAACCUCGAGGAGUGGUUGUCCGCCAUCGGGCUCAGUCAGUACCACCAGGUGUUGGUUCAGAAUGGCUACGAAAACGUCGACUUCAUCACCGACAUCACAUGGGAAGACCUGCAGGAGAUCGGCAUCACCAAACUGGGCCACCAAAAGAAGUUGAUGCUGGCAGUGAAGAAGUUGGCAGAACUACAGCGCUUGACAGAUGGGAGGGGCUCUCCGAGAAAAAAGCCACCGCCAAUCACGCAACAGCAGGAACUCAUGUCUAUUGACAGCCCGCCCCCAGAGGAGGUGAUGUCUCCAAAGAUGAGCACCUUCCAGGACAGUGAACUAAGCCCUGAGCUGCAAAAUGCCAUGACGCAGCCACGGCAGGAGGUGAAAGGUCAGCGAGUUCGCACCCUCAGCAAAGACUACGAGGAGACCACAGCAGGAGGAGGUGGGGGGCCGCCUAAGAAGGAAGCACGGACUAUGAGGCAGCAGAGCAGCCAGGGGAGCACCACCUCCCACAGAGGCAGCGUGUCCUCCCAAGGGAAACACCGUCACUCCCAUUCCCACUCCCAGCCGGCACCACCCUACACACCACCUCAUACGCCAACCAAGACCAGGACUUCCUCUUCCUCAUCCACCUCCUCUGUUCAGAGCACCGCUUCCCCACAGCCCAGAUCCAGGCCGUCUCAAGAGUUGAUCCAGGAGGAGCGCCCUCAGGCGCCACGCUCACACCCCCCACAUUCUCCAACCCAUCGCGGAGCACCCUGUCAGCUCCCCCAACAGCAAUCUCAAUUCCAGUUGGAGCAGCAGCCACAACCUCAGCACCACCCACAGGCAAUGGAUGUUAGGGAGACCCAGCAGGCUCAGCUCCCACUUCUCUGUUUACCACCAGAGGCUGAACUGGCAGAAGAAGAGGAAGCAGAUCCCUCGCUUCUCCAGAAGAAACAUGCACACAGCCUCAACAGAAAUGCCGUCUCAGACGGGGAGUGUGAUGAGAGGCCAAACAGAGACGAGAGGGAAGCAGAAACACCUGGAGGUCAGGGUCCGGCCGUUGUAAGAGGGGAAGGGGGCAAAUAUGCAACGGUGACUCACCGCGUGAGCCGAAGCCACUCUGUUCGCAACCAGGACAAGGGAGCCAACCGCAACCACACGCAGACCUUUGCCCUGCGCCAGAAGAAAAAAGGUCCCCCACCACCACCACCCAAACGUUCCAGCUCCGCCAUCUCCAGCUCCAGUUCCAACCUGACAGAAGCCAACACAGAGCUGCAGACACUGACCACCACCGGUGGGAUGUUGGACGUGCCUUACCACCAGCAGCGCAGGGCCAGCGACCUGGGGAUGUCUUUGGAGACCACAGCAGUGGAGACCACCAGCAUGGGUAGUGUAAGGAGCAUAGCUGCCAUGCUAGAGAUGUCCUCCAUAGGGGGUGGAGCUAAAGGCAUGGCUCUUCAAAAGAACUUCCUGCAGGUGGGAAAAACCCGCGAUGCCAUUGGUCUGAAUGGAGAGGUGGUGAAUCGAAGGCGGACCAUCAGUGGCCCAGUAACUGAGCUAGUCGAGGCCGCAAAGCGUGAACAGCCAACCAACUCAGACUUACUCCCCAUCUCCACCCUAACGGAAGCCUCCCCUCCCCUGCCGUCACCUCACUAUACGUCAUCAACGCAACCCAAUUCAGGAGGCAGCGGCAGUUCAACAGAAAACCUACCAUUUGCUGAAGAGGGAAGUCAAACGAUUCGCCGCCAGGGGCGAGAAGGAGGAGAAGGACAGUGUGUAUUUUGUGUUUGCCUGCAGGGUGACGGCGAUGGCCCCCAGCCGGACGCCGGACACACCCAGGAGGACAGAGCGGAAUCAACGGGUACCCUCAAACGAAGGCCGCGCAGCUCCAAGUCCCACCCCAACGGCUCGGACUUCAUCCUUCAAGAGUCAUCCACCGUCAAACGACGACCCAAAAGUCGAGACAAAGAACCAGAGGGCUACACAGAACUGUCUGCAGCCAAUGGACAGCCCAUGAGCACCAUCCAGCCUAAAACUACCCAACCAGUUCCCUAUCAAAACGGCACAGUCACAGUGAAACGUUGCCAACCAUCUGACGUCCCAGUGUCAGAGCCACAACCCCAGAAUUAUCCACAGCAAGGAGUGACCACUAUCCCUCACAGAGACAGCGUGGACCAUGGAGCUCCAACUGCAAAUGACGGAGGUCCUUUGAGAAAGCCAAAGCCUCCGGUCUCCCCAAAGCCUGUUGUUGCACAGAUAAAGAGACAAAGCACCCAACAGACCACCCAACAGGCCGCGCCCAACAAGAAGAUCCCACUGCCAGGCCCUGGAACGCCUGGAAGUCCAGUGGAAGGAAAGAAGAUUCCUCCACCUGUCUCGCCCAAACCAGCGCCCCCGCCCACAGCUCCCAAACCAGCCAAGCUCAUCCACUCCAUGACCGGCCCCUCAUCCCCGACCACGGCUUCUGUUCCUGUCAAGCAGCAUGCUGUAGUGGCACGACAGACCAGUUCGCCCCCCACAUUCCCAACAUCCAACACUCCCAGCCCCCCAAACGCCAAGCCAACGAGUCCUUCUUCCCAGAGCCCCCACACACCCCAAACCCCCACAACGCCACUUACUCCUGCCACUCCCAGCCCAACCCCUCCUCCUGUCAAGCCGCCCCGCUCCUCCAUUGGGGGGGUGUCAGUGGACAGUGGGAUAGCUGGGGGCGGCUUCAUGCCUCACGCCAACACCACCGCAGAGUUUGGCGUGGAUUCUUUGGUGCAUCAGAAGCUGGAGGAGACGAGCGCAUCCCUGGCUGCCGCUCUGCAGGCGGUGGAGGACAAGAUCCUGCGACAGGAGGACUCCGUGGCGGAGCAGAAAACCACGGUGAGCAUCCUGGACGACAUCGGCAGCAUGUUCGACGACCUGGCCGAUCAGCUGGACGCCAUGUUGGAGUAGCAGGGAGCUUUUCCCCCCUGUGGCAGCCGCACCAGGAGAGACUCGGGCGGCACGACAGGCGGCAUGCUUCUCCAUCUCCCUGCCUCCUCAUCCUCCUCUCUCUCUCUCAAGCAAACUCCGCCCUUCUCCCUGCUCCAACUGCCAUCCAUCCACUUGUCUCCUGAAGGCCUGCUCCUUUCCUCAUCUCGCAGAGAAAAGGAGCAUAGGAGGUGCUAAAAGAGAGCUGAGGAUUGUAAGGACCAAAAGACAUACGAGGACAGAACAGAAAUAUAAGAGAUGAAGAGGAGCAGCCCCAAACUAAUCAGACUCUUCAAGAGGAACAAAAAAACACUGAUUAAAAACCCACUAUGUGAUGAAUCAUAGUGCCGGUUUAUGUACAUUCUAAGCAUGGAGAGUUUAUAUCUACUGAAAAGUCCUGCAUUAGCACAGUAAUAUAUGAUAUAUAUAUAGAUAUAUAUACAUCUCUAGCUCUUGGUUUGAUGUCCUGGUUCUGUGUGGAAUGGUGACCUCUGGUGUUGUGAUGAUGUAAAUGACUUGAUGGAAUUUCUUUUUUUUUUUUUUAAUCUGUGACCAAAAUGAGAUUUCCAAAAGGAUUGGUGUGUGUGUGUGGGGGUGUGUGUGUGUAGGUGUGUAGAAAGUGUGGAGGAGGACUUGUGGAAAUUCAGGAUUAGAUUCAGUUUCUUGCAUUGGACGAAUCUCUAAACCCAUCAUCAUCUUUACCAUCCUGUACACACGCACACACGGAAGAAGCACAAUGACCCGGACACACACACACACACGCACACACACAGCUGUGGUAGGUUACAGCCAUUGAGUGUAUUGGAGAGCUGGACAUAGUGACUCUUGCUCCCUGGCGUCCCAAACAGGAAGUACCCGCCAAAAUCAUUCUAUUGGUUAGAAGAACCGUUCUUGCUCUGAUACGUUUUUUUUUAAACAAGUUCUUGAUAUAUUUACUGGAGGGAAAGUUAUUCGAGUUAAAAACUGACCAAUCAGAUGCCUCAAUAAAAGCAUGAGUUCUCAUGCAGAACGUUCAAAACGUUUGACAGAUUUCGUAUUCAAGCAAGCUCCUCAAUGGCAGGUAGUUGCCAUAGAAACAAUGACUCAGACCGUUAUGGACCGAACAUUACUUAAUGUAAUGGCUCCAACAUGGCGGCGUCCUUAUCACAGAAACAUGGCGACUGAGUUGACUUCAUCUGGUUGGAGCUGGAAGUCAACGGUUUUCUAUGGAUGACAUCACAGUCACUCAGUCCAGUUCUCUUAUACAGUCUAUGGUUCCAGCAGGAUGUCUGAGGGUCAGGGAGCAGAUUAGGGCAGUGUAUGUUACAAAGACAAUAAAGACAGAAAAAAAAGGAAAAGAUUUUUUAGACGUUUGUGAGAAAAGAGAAAAAAGGCCACUGAGGAGGAAAACCGCUUAUAUCAUUUCCAGAGCAGAGAUUAAAUUUCUAAAAUGUUUCCUUUAAUCCUAAAAUGAAGAGUUUUGAAAUUCAGAUCAGAUUUUGUUGCCAGUUGGAACCAUUUUCCUGAUUAUUCUGACACCAUGUCCUGAUUCUGAUCUGAUUUUUCCUUGAUGACAGAAAAUCAAAGAUUUUUUUCCUCAUCAGAUUUUAACUCUUUUCUCAAACUUUGACUUUUGUUUUCAAAAUGUCAAUAGAGAAAAAAAAGUGUUGGAGUUCUAAAAUAAUCUGAGGUCUGAUUUAGUCCUGAGAACAUUUUCAAGGGUAAAAUUGUAGCUUUUAUUCCUCAAAAAUUUGGCAAUUUUUCCCAUUUUCCCAGAGUUUUGACUUGAACCUUAGAUUUCAGAUUCUCUUAAAUGCAUCUUUGAAUGCAGAAUUGUUUCAUAAUACUUUGAGUUGAAUCUAAAAACGAUGCAAAUGUUUUGUUUUUUUCCCCCCAACUCCUCUUUCAUAUAAGGAGAAAAGAAUCCCUGUUCAUAGAAAGUGCUGCAGCCAGUUUGAUGCAUUUUUUGUGUUUUUUUUGAAAAAAGGGUCCAGUUUUUAUCUCAACAGUAAAUUAAUGAUGGAAAAUAAGAAAUAUUUCAGUUAUGUCUUUGAAGGAUUCCACGUUUGCACACACGAGCAGUUAAAGAGAAGAAACUGUUUCUUCUUGCACAUCAGACAGAUUCUCUUUAGAGAAACAACAAAAGUCGGUUUUUAAAUGUGUCAUUGUUUCCUGAAGGGCUUCAGCUUUACCUUUAUCAUAUCUGACACUUCCCAUCAUGAGGUCAAGCAGCUCCAGACAUGCACAUCCAGAGAUGCGACGGACAAACCCCCACGGACGGAUUCAGGAUCAGGUCCGGUUCCGACUCUCCUGACAGAGCAAUGAAGGCCUAGCGUCAUGUUCCAGACGCAGUUUUUACGUCCAUCCCAGUAAAAAUGUCAGCAUUUUUCUACCGUUUGAUUCCCAGGGAAGAGCAGCUGCGUGCUGUGGAGCAUGUCCGUGUUUGGUCACAUGUUCACCUACCUUCCAUGAUCCUGAAUGAAGUUAGUAAACCCUGAACAUGCAAAGUUAGCAGACGUCAGCAUUCAUCUGUUUCUUUCGCAGGAUGAUGGAAAAUAGAUUAAAAGCUAGCAAAGACGAUUUCACCUUUACAUGUCUACGAAUUCUAGAUUUUCAUCAGCAAGAGGAAAACUAUGAAUUUGGUCACGCAUUCAUAUUAGUAUUUUACUCUCUAUACUCUAAAAUAACAGUGAGCGUUAAUCAAAAACACUGUUUUGUGUUUAGUGGGUCAAAAGAUGUGUAGGUGACUUAAUGAGCAUCAGGGCAAACAUGAUGCUUCUACCGCCAUGCUUGAUCCUGGGAUCCAUGUUUUUUUAGGGAUGCCACUUUCUUAACAAUUCUGUUCAAACAUCCAUUCUGUUUAGUUUUGAUGUACGAUUUGUGUUUUACAAAAAGUAAAAUUCCGACAUUUUUAAUUUGCUAAUAAGCAAGUAAUAAAGAAGAAACAUCUUUACGAGGGCCUGACGUAAUGCAAAAAAACAAUCAAUAAUACAUUUAGCACAACACAGGAGGCGGUAGGCGGGAGGUCUGCAACGGUUGACUUUCACCACUGUUCGGUUCAAUGGAUCAACGUACGACUCAGUUUUAAACCAAGAACUGUGGCAUCCCUAAUGUUUAUGACCUUGAUACCUCCCUUCAUAAUCAACAUUUAGGUUUUGUUGAGUUAAACCCCAUUUGAUAAUCUGUCAGAUUAGCUCUGCCUCUCGUCUUAAUCUGUGUUUCUAAAGGUUUAGUAACAGUCAUUUUGAAGAUCAUUCAACGUCAACCUCCUGCACCAGGAAUGACUCAGGUUUAUGCCACUAUUCUGUCCGUUUUUUGAUGCUUUUAGAUUUGGCGUGUCGCACAAUAAAACUUUGGAAAGUCAGACUCUCAAGUCGGAUCGGCAUAAAGCUCAGGAGGUUUCAACAGCACAUGCAGUUUUGAGAAAAAAGGGAUUGAAGUCGCACUCGCCCCCCUGUUUUGUCAUGACAAUCUAUCACCACUCUCAUCAGCAUCACCGUGGCAACCGCAGGACGUCUCCACGAACGUUUGCCACUGCCACGUAAAAAGGAGAAAGGGGAAAGUUGGGAUGGAGUUAUCAGUCAUGGAGAUCUGUGAAGCCUGGUGUUGUUUGCUUUGUUUCGUGUACUAAAUGAUAAGUUGGUGUAAUGUUCCUGUAUUUAAUUAGCUUCUCAACCCGUUCAGAAAAUAAAGGGUUUCACAGUCUCAUUUGCAGCCAAACGCCACAUAUUUAUCAAUAAAUAAUAAUUCAGAGCUUUGGUAUUUAAAUUCUGAUCACAUAGAGAUUCUAUAUAUAUGGAUAUUUGCCAAAAGUAAAAAUAGGAAGUGUAUUUAUGAUGUGUUUGUUAUCCUGAAGAGUAUUUUUCAAGGUAAACAGAUCUAAUCUAGGUGUUGAAUCAGUUGCUUCUCCUGCUUAAGUGGUCUAAGCUAAAGAGUCAUUGUAGGAUACCAUCAUGGAAUAUUUCAUUGUGUAAUUUCUUUUUUUUUUUUCAUAUUUAUUUCUCUGCCUACAUGUGUCCAGGUGUGGCAAUGUGUAAAACUUGUUCACUCUAAUGCAUUUUUUUGUAUUGUUUGAAUUCUUUUCUUUAAAAUGUGCCUUGCUUUGUGAUUUUGGCCUGACUUCAAUACAGUAGAUGGGUAUGAACAAAAA